AUGUCGACUCUGUCAUACAAGAAGCAGGAUCCUUAUUCCAGCACCGCUGGUCUUCCUGAUAAGAUGGCCGUUUUCCAAGAAUGUUUACAACAAUUCAACGCUACUCCUGUCAACGCAAAGAAAUGUCGUCAAUUGUUAGCCAAAUUGUUGAGAUUGGUUUACCACGGUGAAACUUUCCCCUCUCAAGAAUCAACCACGUUGUUCUUUUCGAUUUCUAAGUUGUUUCAACACAAGGACGUUUCUUUGAGACAGUUGGUUUAUUUGACUAUUAAGGAAUUGUCGUCAACCUCUGACGAUAUUUUAAUGGUGACUUCUUCCAUUAUGAAGGAUAUCCAAGGAAACGAUGCUGUGUACAAGCCAAAUGCCAUCAGAACGUUGUCCAAGGUUUUAGAUUCCACCACCGUUCAUUCUGCUGAAAGAUUGUUCAAGAAUGCAAUCGUCGAUAGAAACCCAGUUGUUUCUUCUGCUGCUUUGAUCUCCGCCUACAACUUAUUGCCAAGUUCCAAGGACGUCGUCAAGAGAUUCACCAACGAAACCUUAGAAACCAUCCAAUCUUAUAAGCAAUUCCCACCAACUCAAUUUCAAUUGCACGAAUACUACGGAAGUGCCACUUCUAACUUACCUUCCACUUCUUAUAUGUACCAAUACCAUGCCUUGGGUUUGAUUUAUCAGUUAAGAAGCAACGAUAAGAUGGCUCUUAUGAAGUUGAUUACCAGUUUAUCGGAAGGUUCAAGCUUGAAGAACUCCUUAUCAAUUAUCCAAUUGAUCAGAUAUAUCAACAAGAUUUUACUUGACGAUUCCUCCUUGAUUGGCCACUUGUUCCCAAUAUUGUCUGGUUUCUUGAAGCACAAGUCCGAUAUGGUUGAAUUAGAAGCUUGCAAGACUUUAGUCAGCUUACAACAUUUGAUUAGAGAUGACCAAUUCAUGGCCAUUGUUACCACUUUACAAAAAUUGUUGAGUGUUCCAAGAACCGCUACUAGAUUUGCUGCCAUUAGAUUGAUCAACAAGAUUUCCAUCAAGCAUCCUGAAAAGAUCAUGGUUGUUAAUAUUGAAUUGGAAAGUUUGAUCAAUGAUUCCAACAGAUCUAUUUCAACAUUGGCCAUCACCACUUUAUUAAAGAUCAUGGGUGCUGGUACUAUUGACAAUGGUUCCGGUGGAAGUGAAAGUGUCGACAGAUUGAUUGCCAAAAUGACUUCGUUAAUGGAUGAAAUCACUGAAGAUUUCAAGAUUGUCAUUAUUGAAGCCAUUGAAAACUUGGCGUUGAAGUUCCCAUCCAAGCACAAAAAGUUGGUUACUUUCUUGACGGAUUUGUUGAGAGACGACGGUUCAUUACAAUUAAAGACCAGUAUUGUUGAUGCUUUGUUUGAUUUGAUCAAGUUCUUGCCUGAUCCAAGUGCCAAACAAUUGAUGUUGAUGAACUUGUGUGAAUUCAUCGAAGAUUGUGAAUACACUGAAUUGUCAGUGAGAAUCUUACACUGGUUAGGUGACGAAGGACCAAACACUUCCAAUCCAUCUUACUACAUUAGACACAUUUACAAUAGAUUGGUUUUAGAAAAUUCAAUUGUUAGAUCUUCUGCGGUUAUUGCCUUGGCCAAGUUUGCUGCCGUUUGUGGUGGUGACGUUGCCAAGAACAUUAUUAUUUUAUUGGGAAGAUGUUUGAAUGAUGUCGACGAUGAAGUUAGAGAUCGUGCUGCCAUUUCCUUGAAAUUCAUCAAUAGUAAUAAGAAAAAGUUGAUUGUUUCUGAUUCAAGGUAUGAUUUGUACACUUUGGAAAACAAAUUGGUUCAUUAUUUAAAUGACGAAGAGAAUUUCAACGAAAAGUUUGAUAUUGAUGAAGUUCCUGUCAUUAGUAACGAAGAAUACAAUUCUAUUGAAUACAACAGAAAGAUCAACAAGUUGGAAAACAUUAAUGAUAAUUCUGCCGUCACUGAGGUUGAAGAACGCGUCAAGAGUCCAACAGGAGGUGAAGCAACUCCUGGUGACAGUCUUGCCAAUGACUUAUUAAAACAACAAGAAUAUUCUCAACAAUUGAGUGGCGUUGAACAAUUUGUCGAAUACGGUAAAUUGACCAAAUCAACCAUUGAACCAGUUUACUUGUCUGAACGUGAAAGUGAAAUAGCCGUUUCUGUUGUCAAGCACUUAUUCAUUGAGUCCAAGCAUUUGGUAUUACAAUAUAACAUUAACAAUACUUUACCAAAUACUGUAUUGCAAGACAUUUCCGUGGUUGCCCAGCCUGAUAAUGACUUGUACCAAGAAGAUUUCAUCAUUCCAUUGGCCGAAUUGAGACCAAAUGAUACCGGAAUAGUUUAUGUUUCAUUCACUAUCCCAGACAUAGAAGAAGCUGAGCUUUUGUCGGCAUUUGGAAACACCAUUGCUUAUACCAGCAGAGAUGUUGACGAGGACGGACAAGUUGAUCCUAAUGACGAUGGUGGAUGGCCUGAUGAAUAUCAAAUUGAUGAUUUGGAAGUAUUGGCCUGUGAUUUCAUUACUCCAUUAUACAAUUCCAACUUCACCGCGUUGUUUGAUCAAUUGCCAUACCAAGACACCUCUGUGGUUACUAUAAAUCAAGUUGAUAAUUUAGAAAAAGCCAUUGAAAAGUUGAAGAACAGCUUGAACAUGAUGCCAUUGGAUGGAUCAGAUUUCGUAAGCAGUGGUGAAGCAGCCCAUUCUUUGAAAUUAUUGGGUAAGGAUGUUUGGGGUGGUAAGGUUGGUGCUUCUAUUAGAUUGGCUUCAACUGGAGGUAAGAUUGUUGCCAAGGUUGAAGUCAAGCUGGAAACUGAAAAUUUUGGUAAUAUUGUUAUUAGUAGUGUGUAUUAA